AUGAGCAAGAGGCGAGCCAUCCUGUUGUUACGGGAAAGAUUCCGGUCCUGUUUCCUGGCGCACCGCGGCGACCGGCCGACGAACAUCCACCGCCUCCAAGCCGCCUCUCCUCACUGCAGCAGCGUAGCGACUUCUUCCUCCAGCUGCAGAGCCUCUCCGCAUCAAGAGUUCCUCGCCAUGGAGCAUGGACUGUGGUCGAGCGGAGCUAGCGACAAGAGCAAGGCCAUGGUUGAGCAACUGCAGAGAUAUGGGGUAAUCAAAUCGACCAAAGUUGCGGAGGUCAUGGAGACCAUCGAUAGGGGGCUGUUUGUGCCUCCGGGUGGUUCUCCCUAUUUUGAUAGCCCAAUGGCAAUUGGCUACAAUGCAACCAUAUCUGCGCCUCACAUGCAUGCUGCUUGCCUGGAGCUCCUGGAGGAUCAUCUGCAGCCUGGUAUGCGAGCUCUAGAUGUUGGAUCAGGCACUGGGUACCUAACAGCUUGCUUUGCACUUAUGGUUGGACCGGGAGGACGAGCAGUUGGUGUUGAACACAUGCCAGAGUUGGUUGCUUCUUCUACUGAAAACAUCAAGAAAAGUGCAGCAGCCCCACAGCUGAAUGAUGGAUCCCUCAGUAUUCAUAUUGCUGAUGGUAGGGAAGGCUGGCCCGAGCUUGCACCAUAUGACUGCAUCCAUGUCGGAGCUGCAGCACCGCAGAUUCCAGAGGCGUUAAUCGAGCAGCUGAAGCCUGGUGGCAGAAUGGUGAUCCCGGUUGGGACCAUCUUCCAGGAGCUGAAGGUGAUUGAGAAGAAGCCAGACGGCGGUGUCAGCAUAAGAGACGAGACGUCUGUGCGCUAUGUGCCUCUCACCAGCAAGGAUGCCCAGUUGCACUCAAAUUGA